AUGCCUCUCACCGAGCCCUGGACCCCCAGCCCGUGGACGCCGUCCUGGGACUACUCGGGGUCCGGCGACCUGGAGGACCUGGAGGACCUGGAGCUGUGCCGGGUCCGGGACCUGCCCUACAGCUACGCCUACGUGCCCGUGAUCUACCUGGCGGCCUUCGUGGUGGGCCUGCUGGGCAACUCCUUCGUGGUGUGGCUGCUGGUCGGGCGGCGCGGCCCGCGGCGGCUCGUGGACACCUUCGUGCUGCACCUGGCCGCCGCCGACCUGGGCCUCGUGCUCACGCUGCCGCUGUGGGCCGUGGCGACAGCGCGCGGCGGCCGCUGGCCCUUCGGCGAGGGCCUGUGCAAGCUCAGCGGCUUCGCGCUGGCCGGCACGCGCUGCGCAGGCGCGCUGCUGCUGGCGGGGCUCAGCGUGGACCGCUACCUGGCGGUGGUGAAGCUGCUCGACGCGCGGCCGCUGCGCACCCCGCGCUGCGCGCUGGCCGCCUGCUGCAGCGUCUGGGCCACGGCGCUCCUGGCCGGCCUGCCCUCCCUGGCCUACCGGGAGCUGCAGCCCCUCCCCGGCGGCCGGGGCAGCCAGUGCGGGGAGGAGCCCUCCGACGCCUUGCAGGCGCUGAGCCUGCUGCUGCUGCUGCUCACCUGCGCGCUGCCCCUGGGCGUCAGCCUGGUCUGUUACUGCCUCAUCUCGCGCCGCCUGCGCCGGCCGCCGCACCUGGGCCGGGCCCGGAGGAACUCGCUGCGCAUCAUCUUCGCCGUCGAGGGCGCGUUCGUGGGCUCCUGGCUGCCCUUCGGCGUCCUGCGGGCCGUCUUCCACCUGGCGCGCCUGGGGGUGCUGCCGCUGCCCUGCGGCCUGCUGCUGGCGCUGCGCUGGGGCCUCAGCAUCGCCACCUGCCUGGCCUUCGUCAACAGCUGCGCCAACCCCCUCAUCUACCUGCUGCUGGACCGCUCGUUCCGCGCCCGGGCCUGGCGCGGGGUCUGCGGGCGCCCCGACCGCCCGGCGCGCGGGGGCAGCUCUGCGUCCUCGCUCUCCAGGGACGACAGCUCCGUGUUCCGGAGCCCCGCCGGCAGCUGCGAGAGAGCGCGGACGGCUAGCGCUGGCCCGGCCCCGCUCUAG